AUGUUGAACCAUGAAGACGUCAGCGAAUAUUUGAAAAUAGGCCCGAAUGGUCUUGAGGUCGAUUUCAGGGAAAAAUGGGUCUCGAAACGAAAAAAAUCGAAAAAAAAAACGAAGAAAUUUGAGUCAUUUGCAGUUUUAAUGGCCCAAUGUCCGCAUUUGACACCUGAGUGACAUUUUCAAGUCUCUUAUCUUUUAUCACUGUUUCAAAGUUGCUUCAAAUGAUAACUUUUGGUCCACUGAAAGUAUAUUCACUUCAAUUUUUUUAGUGAAAAGCGACCCCUUUGGUGAAAAAAAUGAUUAAUUAACAAACGGGGGAAAAAAAUUCAAAAAAAUUAGUGGAAUUUUUGAUUCGCGUCAAUGCAAAUGCCUCUAUUUAGCGUUUCGAAUCGUAAAAAAAUAUUUUUAAAAAAAUCAGAAAUCAGUUGGUCAAGAUCUUAAAAAAAUGGAUUUUUUUGAUAAGGAAUUUGGAAAAAUAUUUGAUCAAAAUUAAAUGAUUUUUAUAAAGAAGAAACCGAGAAAAAAAUCCAAAAAAAGCGUGAAAUUCCAAUGCAAAUGACUCUUCAAGCCGUGAAAAAGAAUUUUUAACAGUAGAAUAAAUAAAAAAAUUAACGUCAGAAAUUAAUUGAUUGAAGUUUAACGUGGAUUGUUUGAUAAGGAAUUUGGAAAAUAUGAAGUUUAAUCGCGUAGCGUUUUUUUCGUGAAAAAUUUGGAAUUUAUCAUCUUAUUUUUGCACUUUUUUUGAUAGCUGUUUGAUGUAAAUGGAAUGAUUUCAGCUAGAGGAAAAGUGAGAAAACCCAAAAGUUAGAUUUCAAUUCGCGUCAAUGCAAAUGCCUCUAUUUGGCGUUUCAAGGGAUGAAAAAAGAAGAUUCUAAAAACGGAAAUCGGCAUUUCUUUUUGAAAUACGAUCCAUAACCGUUUAUAUAUCCAAUGAGAAUGGUAAAGUUUCUGUUGGAAAAAAAUACUUGAUCUAAAUUAAAUGAUUUUUAUGAAAAAGAAACGGGAGAAAAAAAUUCAAAAAAAUUAGUGGAAUUUUGAUUCGAGUCAAUGCAAAUGCCUCGAUUUGGCGUUUCAAAUCGUUAAAAAAAUAUUUUUAAAAAAACGGGUAUAUUGAUCAGAAAUCAGUUGGUCAAGAUCUUAAAAAUGGAUUUUUUUGAUUCGCGAAAGUUUUUUUCGUGAAAAUUCGGAAUUUAUCAUCAUAUUUCGCACUUUUUUUGAUAGCUGUUUGAUGUAAUUUUAAUGAUUUCGAAUUGAGGAAACGGGGGAAAAAAAUUCAAGAAUAGGGGGCUCGAACUCGAGUCAAUGCAAUUGACGUUUUUGGGCUAUACAAAUAUAAUAAAUUAAAAAUGAACGCUAGAAACACACCUCGGCUGGUUCCCACCCCCGGAGUGCGGCCUAUCCCCCUCAAACUGCGGUCCACUUCAGUGCAUUUUAGCGCGAAAGGUGGGGUUCAGCCGAUAUAUGGCCUGAAAUCACUUGAUAAAAAUCCUAAACAUGGAUUAUUUGAUUAGGAAUCUAACCUAAGAAACAUAGAGUUCCAUUCCUCGAUUUCCAGGCCAGAUGCGACGUUUCUUCCUUCGAAUCGGUCCGUUGCACAUUCGAGGUCCAGGACGGCGUUUGGUAUUACGAGGCGACCGUUUUGACGCCCGGGGUCAUGCAAAUCGGUCUCGCCACGAAAAGAAGCCGAUUUUUGAACCAUGUAAAUCGUGUCUUUUCAUCUUUUAUGUUUCGCGAUUUUCAGGAAGGCUACGGCAUUGGGGACGAUGAAUCUUCAGUGGCCUAUGACGGCUGCCGACAGUUGAUUUGGCACAACGCUGUAAGCACCCAACACGAGCAUCGUACCUGGGUUCCAGGUAAGAGACGAAAAAAAGCGCAAAAAGUUAGGCAAAACGAGAAAAAAAAAAUGAAGGCAAAAAAUAGAAUAUUCAAGUCCAUUAAAUAAUAUUAUAGGAAAUUGCGCUUCAAUGAGAAUAAACCUUAUUUUUCAAAAAAAUUUUUCGUGGAAAAUAUUCCAUUGUUUUUUUAUGAAGGGGGCUCUGUGAAGAUUUCCAGGGUUUAUAAUUCUAGCUGCCCUUUAUGGGAAACGUUUUUUUUUUUGAAAUAUUUAUUUUAGAGUUCUAGGAAGUAAUUGUUAGGGAGAUUUUCGUAAAAAGGGGAGAUUUUCGGACUUUGGUAACGUAAAACCGAGCGAAUCGGACGUUUCGGGGCAUUUUCAGUGACCUUUUUAGUAGCUUCUGCACCCUUAAGUGAUCUCUAGAAUCGCUGAGAAACGUUUGCAGCACAUUCGGUUUUCGUUACCGAGAUUACGAGAUGUUGACUUUCAUAAAAACUAAAUAUUAUGUGAAAUUGUGCUGCAUUGAAAAUAAACGUUUUUUUGGAUUGUCCCCGCAAAAAGUUAGAAAAAAUCCUUUUUAAAACUUGAAAUACUCCAGUUUUUACUCAAAAUUAGAGCUGUUAACCUUUAGAGCCCUAGUUACGAAACAAAAGUUUCAAAAUCUCGAAAUUUUGUUCAUUUUUUUAAAGCUCUAGUAAGUACUCGGGAGGCGAAAAUUUUCACUCCAGGAUUUUUGAAAUUUUUUUAAACUGGAAAAUGAGGUUAAAAAAUUAUUUCGAGGUAAUUUCAACGGGAUUUUUCACCUAGAAAAUAAGCUUUAAAAAAUAAUUUUCUUUCCAGGCGAUGUCAUCGGCGUUCUUCUCAAUAUCCCCGAAGGCUUCGUUCAGUUUUACCUGAACGGAGUCCCCUUAAAUGAGCCCCACACGACUUUCCUCGGUAAUUUUUAGAAAAAAUCAAACAAAAUAUUGAUUAUUUUGAAGAUUGUCGUCUUGAUGGAGAAGGGGUCUUCGCCGCCGCGUCUUUCAUGUCUUUCCAACAGUGUCGUUUCAAUUUCGGGGCCCAGCCCUUUGAUUUCCCGCCCGCGGGCAACUUCUUGUGAGGAAAUUCGAUGAAAAUCAAUGAAUGAAAUCGAUUUUUCCAGCAAUUUCAACGAGGAUGGCCCUCCCUUGUCCCAGGAGAAGAAAACGAUCAUUCCAAGGUAUGGGGGUCAGAGAAAAAUAAAAAUAGCGCGUCAAAAUGAGAGGGUGCAGAGAAAAACAGCAAUUUCAAGUAGUGAAAAAUGGACUAUAGAGAGCACUAAAGCCGCUCAAAAAAGCACUAUAGGGGCCACUAAAACUUUGACCCCUACAGAGACCAAUAAGUAGUCCCUAGAGGGGUCCUUAGAACAACAGAACCCUAUAGGGACCCCUACGCUCUUACCCAAAGCGACUUGACACUUUUCGAGUGUCUGCGUCUCUCUGUUCCCUCACCGUCAGAGAAAAAAGAAAAUAGUACGUCAAAAUGAGAGAGCGCAGAGCAAAAGAGCAAUUCCAAGUAGUGAAAAAUGGACUAUAGAGAGCACUAAAGCCGCUCAAAAAAGCACUAUAGGGGCCAGGAAUUUGACCCCUUGAGGGGUCCUUAGAACAACAAAAACCCUAUAGGGACCCCUACACGCUGCUUAUAUAGUCAAUCCACCGAGACUUGACAAUUUUUGAGUGUCUGCGUCUCUCUGUUCCCUCGCCGUCAGAGAAAAAUCAAAAUAGUACGUCAGAAUGAGAGGUGCAGAGAAAAAGAGCAAUUUAAAGUUUUGAAAAAUGAACUAUGGAGAGCACUUUAGGGGCCACUAAAACUUACACCCCUAGAAAGACCAGGAAUUUGCCCCCUAGAGGGGUCCCUUAAAACAACCGUCAGAGAAAAAUGAAAAUAGCAUGGAUACUUGAGAGGGUCAGAGAGAGAGUAGGAGGGUGCAGAGAAGCUCCAAAAAAUGAAAUGAAGGAUUUCUUUUUCUAGGAAACAACGACUGGAGCUUCUGAUGCGCGAGACGGUUCCCGACGAUUUUUGCACAAUUUGCUUCUCGGCCCCAGGAAAUAUGAAGCUUCUACCUUGCAAUCAUAGGUAAGGAAUGGACUGCAAACCAUACUAUCAAGUGGUUACUUUAAAGAAAAUUUUUUUUUUUACUUGUGGAACCAUGUUUGCAUUGCAUUUGAAAAUUAUAAAGGACAAGAAUUUUUUUCUCCUAGGUAAAAUAUUUCAUGGAGAGUAUCUCUUCUUUUUUGAAAAGAAGUAGUGGUCACUUGAGGGUUUAGGCUUAAAAGCCUUUAGAGUGGAUAAAAUAGUGCUCCCUAGAGGGCUUAAGUGGUCCCUAUAGGAGUUAGGGUCUGAUUCCUGAAGCUCUAAAACUUAAGUGGUCCCUAUAGUGACCUUUUGGUUUUUGUUUUGUUCAAGGGGGUCAAAAAGAGGCAUUAGACCACUAGCAUGCUCCCCCAAAGUGGCCACUAACUGAAACCUCUAGAGUGACCACUUUUACAAGCUUCAGUCCUUUGAGAGCAGCCUACAAGAGACCUUAUUGUUGCCCCUCUAGGGACCACUCCAGCUUUCCUAAGUCAAGAGAGAGAUUUUUUUUUCCAGCGUAUUUUGGAGUUUAGGGUCUGAUUCCUGAAGCCCUAAAACUUGAGUGGCCCCUAUAGGGUCUUUGGUUUUUUUUUGUGAUUCGGAAGUCAAACUAGUCAACACCCCUAACGUGGCCACCAACUAAAACCCCUAGAGUGGCCACCUUUACAAGCUUCAGUCCUUUGAGAUCAGCCUACAAGAGACCUCAAUGGUGCCCUUUUAGGGACCACUCUGGCGUUCGUAAGACUAGAGAGUGACCACUUUUACAGGCUUCAGUCCUUUGAGAGCAUCCUACGGGAGCCCCUUAUGCUGCCUCUCUAGUGACCACUCCAGCCUUCCUAAUUCAAGAUUUUUUUGUUUCCAGCGGAUUCUGCGAAACUUGCACGAUAAUGCUGGACCUGUGCCCGCUGUGCCGAGGCGACAUUGACCGUCGUGUCCUCCAAGAAACCAAGGAAGAGGUGAUGAGCAUCAGUCGCGUCUCCGACGACGUGUCGCGGAGUUCUGCGACACGGAAGUCGCAGCAGCGAGUCACGCCGCGACGUGCGACCAUCGACACGGUCGUCGUCAUGGAGGACGGCGGCUCAGUGAUGGCCCGUCGGGAUACGCAAGUUUGA